AUGAUCUAAGAUAAAAUAAAAGUCAAAGGUUGUUGGUACAUUAAUAGAAAUUGGACAAUUCAAAAACAAAUUUUGGCAAUAUCUUUCAUUAUCUCAUCCUUAAUUUUAAUAAUUCUUUUAGUGAUCAUUUGGGUGAGUUAAAGUUAAAUUUAUAAUAAUCUAAAGGUUGUCUCUUAAGAAAUCUUUAUGAAAUAAACUUCUUAAUAAAUCAAUAAUAUUUGGAUAUACUAACGAAGCUUGGAAUAAAUGAUGUUUUAGACUAAAUAAUAAAUCAAAACAACAAGAGCUAUUUACAAAUAAUUUGAUUAUCUAAUAAAUAAUUCCAAUAAGAGUGUUAAAUUUGACUAUCCUCACAUGUGUUUAAACAACAUUUCUGCUCUUGAUUCCUACUGUUUUUCAUCAUCCACAACAUGUGGUAUAUUUGGAAAUCAAGAAGCUGAAUAAGAAAAUUAAGAUACUUAAAGCAUAAUAGCAACAACUUUUAUUUUAACAUCAUUUCGUAUAGCUCUUGAUCAUACAUUUAGUGCACCACUUUAUUAUUUUUUAGAUAAUUAAGUCUUAUUCUUUUGUAUCACAAAUGGAGGCAUAUUUCCACAAUCAUUUAAACCUAAUCAAAGACCAUAUUAUUUAGAUUUCUAAAAAUCUAUUAGUUAAGAUACAUCUGUAGAUAGUGUGUACUUUGCUAAUCCUUAUUUGAUUGUUGCUGGAUAUGUCAGAAUUCCAAUAAUAACAUCAUUAGUGAAUUUUUAUGAUUAAAUUGUUGGAAUGGUAGCUAAGGAUAUUGAUUUUGGAUAUGCUUCAAUAGGUUAAGGUAAAGACAUUAAUACAGUUUUAUAUGUUAUUGAUAAUUAAGGCAAAAUCUAUUAUUCCAUUAUUUAUAAUUAGAUUAAUCUAACAGUUUAUUAUUUUAAUGAAACAAAAGUAACUGGAUUUAAUUAAACUGAUUUUGAAUAAUUGAUGAAUUAACAUAAUAAUAUACCUUUUAAAAAUGAUUGUCCACUCAUUUAGAGUGAAAUCAUUUUGUGUAGAUUUAACUAAAAACUAAAUAAAAUCAGAUAAUAAAGUCUUCUUAAAUAAAAGGUUCUAAUUUAAUUUUAGUAGUUUUGGUAGAAACAAAUAAUAUAAUCAAUUAAAUCGAUGAUAAUUUAUUUUUGAUACAGCAAUCUCAAAUUUUAGUAACUAAAUAACUAACUCUUUAUCUAAUUAUAUUUCCUAUCGGAAUAAUAUUUCUAAGUAAUAUUCUUAUAUACAUGUUAUUUCGAUAAUUUAAUUAACUCCUUAAUCUUAUUAAAUAAAAAGUAUAUUCAAAUAGAAAAGACCUAUUUCUUGCUGAAUUUGAUAAAGAAUAACAAUUUUUCCGUUCAUGUUCUGUUACAAACUUAAUUUAGGCAUGCAUCAAAAGAUUCAAUAACCUAGAAUCUUUUGGUAAGUCAACUAAUUGUUUAAUACAAGAAAACAUCAAUUACCCUAAAUAUACUCAUACUUAAAUGAAAUUUUAAUAACACUUGGUUCUAAUAAUGAAAUGGUAAAAUCAAAAACUUAAUAAUAAGUAAGAACAAAAAAAUACUUUUUUUAAUAACAUAAAUAAUUUUAUAGGUAAACAAAAAUUAUGA